ACAAAUGCAGCGCUGCUCCCGAAUGGCAACUUCGAGCAGUCCCCGCCCGCAUCCAAGCUGGUCAAGCGGGCCAUCAUAGGCAGGCUCUCGCUGCCCAAGUGGGAAAUCACGGGCCUGGUCCAGUACGUCUCGGGCGGGCCUCAGCCCGGCGGGUUUUACUUUGCGAUCCCGAGAGGGGCCCACGCGAUCAGGCUCGGGAACCGGGCCACCGUCUCGCAGCCCAUUAAGCUCCCCGCCGCCGGGAUCUAUAGCCUGACGUUCGGGUCCACCAAGUCGUGCGCGCAGGACGAGGUGCUCCGCGUCACGGUGGCUCCCGCUGGGAAGAGCAGAGAUCUGCCGCUCCAGACGCUGUACAGCACCGACGGCGGCGACACGUAUGCUCUGGCGUUCACCGUUCCUUACAAGGGCGGCGAGGUCGUGAGGAUUAGUUUUCACAAUCCGGGCGUUCAGGAGGAUGCUGCUUGUGGGCCUUUGCUCGACGCCGUUGCCAUCAAGCAGAUCCCGCCUCUUACGUACACCAAAGGCAACCUGGUGAAGAACGGCGGAUUCGAAAUCGGCCCCCACGUGUUCAACAACUUCUCCACCGGCGUCCUCAUCCCGCCGAAAUCCAUGGACAAAACCUCCCCACUCCCCGGCUGGAUCGUCGAAUCCCUGAAACCCAUCAAAUACAUCGACUCCCGUCACUUCAACGUCCCGUCGGGCCUCGCCGCCGUGGAGCUCGUCGCCGGCAGGGAAAGCGCCAUCGCCCAGAUCAUCAGGACCGUCGCCGGGAAAUCCUACAACCUGUCCUUCGUCGUCGGUGACGCCAAGAACGGCUGCCACGGCUCCAUGAUGGUCCAGGCCUUCGCCUCCAACAAGACCCUCCAGGUCCCGUUCGCGUCGGCCGGAAAAGGCGCCGUCAAACGGGCCAGCCUCGUUUUUCCGGCGGUUUCUAACCGGACCCGGAUCACGUUCUUUAGUAAUUUUUAUCAUACCAAGCUGCGUGACUUCGGGCACCUCUGUGGUCCGGUUCUCGACGAUGUGAGAGUGGUCGGUGUACGGAGCUACAAGAAGUUGGUCUAGUGAUACGAUGAUAUGAAGAUAUUUAACUCGCGAUGUUGGUUUGAUAACAUGAUCGGAGUAUACAUUAUAUGUGUUUGGGUUUGGAACAAUGAUAUAUGCUAAUUUGAGUGUUUUAAGUGGAUGAAUUGCUUGUUUGAUUCGUCUUGGUUGAUUAACAUGCAGUUUGGUUCCUUA